AUGGUCUUCGAUAUCAGACCACUGAACACCUCGGUGUUCGCAAAGCCGCAAGACGCCCUCCCUGCCGAUACAGAUGCGCUCGUUCUCGGACAACCUCAUCUGCUCUUCCAAAAAUGCUCUGAUGGAGUGGAGGACUCGGAAACCGGAACAGAACAGUGUAUUGAGGGUGUCAACAGUGAAGUGAACUUGCGCUCGCCCCACGGCUCGUUGUUUGUGAAUCUAACCUCCAAAUCCCGGGGUCUCAUUUGGUCGUUUAGGCUGCUCAAGUGCAUUGUCUCGAUAUAUUGA